AUGACCAAAAUUCUGGAGACUUCGACUCUUUCACAUGACGUCAUCGAUAAGGAGCAAGCCGCGCGAACGGUUCAGAGAAUAUAUCGUGGUUAUCGAACGCGACGAGAGCUGCAUGGACUGCACUUGGCUGCUUCCACUAGAUGGAUUGAGGCCUUUCGAGAAGCCCAGUGGCACCAACUCCAUCAACCCGAGCCGAGCGUGACCCCCAGCGAUGAUGAUGGCUCCAAUCAAGCUCGCCGGAACUGGCAACGAGUGGUUAGUGUUGCUAUGCGCGUCGGCGGCGACGACCGUUUUCCGGAAGUCUCGCCUUCUACGGUGAAUCGAUCAGAACAUAACACAGAGAUUACUGGAGCUAAGCCGAAGAUGAUGGAUCUUCAAUACUUUCUCGAAAUGGUUGAUCUCAAACAUCGACACGGAAGCAAUCUGCGCUCGUACCACACGUGUUGGCGGAAUACAUCAUCGAACGAAAACUUCUUCUAUUGGCUGGACUACGGCGAUGGGAAAAAUAUUGAGCUUUCACAGUGUCCACGAGAAAAACUUGAGAAAGAACAAGUCCGCUAUCUCAAUCGCGAGGAACGUUUGAAUUACAUGGUGAUAGUUGACGAGACUGGACGUUUCCGCUGGGCCAAAAACGAUGAACCAGUGUGGACAAACACUGCACGUUUUAAAGAUAGUCUCCAAGGGAUUGUGGGAAUCGAGGAUGAUGUGCCUCAAUUCAACGGAAACUCGACAGUUCUACCAGAUUCCACCUGGGACUUGUCACCAUCAGCAUCAUGUUCAUCAUGUUCAUCAUCAACAAUAUCAACAAAGUCUAGAAGACACAGCCCUGACGAUGUCCUCUCAAAUCAUGACCCGAAGCAUUUCACCGAUGAGGAGUACACUGCCAAGACGAUGAAAAAAGUGGUGCACGCAAGCCCCGCUGCUGCAUUUAAGCGACUCUGGGGCAAGUCCUCAGAGAAAGAAGGUAUCUGGCUAUUCGUUGCAGAUACCUCUUUUCGUCUAUACAUCGGCAUAAAGAAAUCAGGUGCCUUUCAGCAUUCAUCUUUUCUUCGAGGUGCCCGUAUCGCAGCAGCUGGAACGAUUAAGAUCAAACAUGGCCAACUUCGAAGCCUGACACCGCUUAGUGGCCAUUAUCGGCCUCCAGCUGCCAAUUUUCGAGCAUUCCACCACGCCCUACAGCAACAAGGCGUUGAUAUGUCCCAUGUUUCGAUGAGCAAGUCUUAUAUCAUGCUCGCUGGAAUUGAAGGUUACACCAAAACGAAACGAAAGGCACGUGCUGUACAUGAGAAGGUCGACAAUUCCAAGCAAAAGUUCCAUCAAUCCGAAGAAUAA